UCUCCAUCAACCUUCAAGAAAGCCCGUCUUUUUGUUUAAAGACACCGCAUGCAGUAAAAUCAGGACGGUUUCACCUGCCUUUUCCUCCGGCGCCUUCAGGGUGAGCAUGGAAGCUCUGAGGUUUGUAACUGUGUUGAUGGUGGUGUCGGCACAGUCUCUCUGCACACUGGGGAGCCCCCUCUCCAGCCAGGAAGACGACAGUGGCGUGUGGACCCUGGACAACUGGCAGGACUACCCGAUAGAGAGAGGUCUAACCCUCCGUCUGGUAGACCUCCUCAAACGCUCCAAAGCCCAGCAGUUCCACGGCCUGAUGGGAAGGAGCUUAGAAGGCACUCAUCCAAUGAGUCUGGACAGAAAAAGAAAUAAAGGGGAGAUGUUUGUGGGACUCAUGGGCAGAAGGAGUUUAGAUGAAGAUAUGCAAGAGGAGUGGAAAUCCUACCCCUACUAAAGACAUCAACAACAAAAUUGUUUCAUUUGUGAUGUUUCACUGAAUCAUCAGUGUCUUUGUGGUCUUUCUCUGUUGUCAGCCAUAACUAUUAAUAUUCUAUUUUUAUGUCCAGCUUAAUUAAAGGUCAUUUAUUAGAAACAUUUUUAUUCUGUGUUCCUGUUUGUUUUAAAAAGGUGAUACACUGAUGCGCCCCGAUUUUAUUUUUAUAUAAAUAACAAAAACCCCAAAACUUCACUCAGUUACUCCGCUUUUAAAUUUAUGAAACUUUGCCUCUGCCUCCAGUUUCAUGGAUUGUCACCAUUUUGGUUCAAACCGCCCAUUUAGAGGCAAAAACCAGGGGUCGUACUUUGACCGACUCCUCACGGGGACUUCGACCAAAUGAGCCCAAACCAAAAUCAAGCAUGCUAGACAGAUGGGUGCUGAUAUAUAGUGAAGCACUUCAGCCUACGUCAUACAAUGUGGGCGGGGCAGGGUGGCAAACUUCGCCGGUUCAGCCUUGAUGAAUUGCCACAAAAAAGGACACUCGCCUCCGCAAGGUCAGAGCUUGACCACAACUGGUGGGUAUGAAGAAGACGACGACUGUUAGGAUUUGGGUAACUUACUGAAUUAAAAAAAAUGGACCCAAAAUCAAACACAGACGCAAAGAUGAUCCAAUAAGCAAAAGGAUACUUAUUACAAAACAUUAAAAAAGAAUAAGAACGCCAAAAUGGCGAGUAAUGAGCUAAAUGCCCAACGAAAAGGAAACUAAAGUAGAUGGCUACAGAUGGAGGGGAAACUACAGGACAAAAGUAGCAAAGAAACGAGCGAGGGAGAAGGCAAGAAACAAACUACUAACCAGCACUCGUGUGACAGCCCACGUAUAGAGCAUCAAAUAUUCCGCACAUUGAAGAGAAGCUAAUUAGCCUGUCUAAUUACAAAUGGCUGGCAGGUGUGCGUCGCUGCUUCGCCGACGAACAGGAGAGGGAGCUUCUGCAAGAGGAACUAAAGUUAACUACAGCACAGAGGCCAAUACACCAAAAUAAAACAGGAAAUGGACACGCAGGACAUGACACCCUGAAACUAGUGUGCAUGGGUCACCUCCGGACGCCAGGAAAUUUGGCGGCGACGUCUAUCAUCACAGGCCGCAGGAAAAAGUCUCAACGUUUGGCCAUUUUGGUUUGAACCGGCCAUUUUGAGGCGAAAAAACCAGGGGUCUUACUUUGAAUUUUCAGUUCAUUUGGAGAGUUAAUACAUACAAAUAUAUACGAUUGAUUGUCGUUUAACAUUCUGUUCAUAAAAUGCAGUAAAAAUGGGUAUAUUUUACACCUAGUGGCAAAUGGUGAUUAAUCAUAAUUAAUUUGAAUACUGUGAUUAAUUUCAUGGAAAUUUCUAAUCAUUUGACAGCCCAAAUAAAUAUUCAAAUGAUCUUUUAUUCUAAAAACUUGUGAUUGUGAUCGUGAGUUA